AUGCCGCCUCGAUUGUCAAGUGCACAACCACCGGGAGCCGGGGUAAAGCGGGGACCUCCUUCCCAAACGAUUCCAGGAGAAACGCCGCCCAAGAAGAAACAAUCGAAAUGGACCGCCGACGAAGAUCGCGAAAUCAUCGACCUGCGUGGGCGCGGCAUGAAGUGGGAAGACAUCUCCAAACGGUUACCUGGUCGCAGCGCAAUCAGCUGUAGAUUGCGCUUCCAAAACUACCUGGAACGACGGUCAGAGUGGGAUGAGGAGAAGAAGAACAAGCUCGCGCGAUUGUAUGAAAGGUUCAAGAAAGACAUGUGGGAGAAGAUCGCAAAGGAGAUGCAACUUCCGUGGCGAGCGGCUGAGGCCAUGCAUUGGCAGAUUGGAGAGAUCGAAAUGGCGCAUCGCGCCAAUGUUUCUGUCUUCCACCUGGCCGGUCAGCAAGGGUCGAAUUCUUCGCAAGGCGGCGUCGGUUCUGAUGGCGGUACGAGUACUUCACCGACAUCUGCUACUCACCCGACACCAUCCUCGACCAUGGCCAUAUCGCAUUCCCAUAAUCACAGCCUCCCACAAAUACCGCCAAACGCUCUUCCACAUCCACUGUCGCCGGUCGACCAUUUCCGACGUAAUAGCGUCGGGUCCAUGUCACCCAAUGGCAUGGGCCCAGGGUACCUUCGGCGCAGAGCAGAUAGCACUCGUUCUGUCGCGUCAGUCUUGCCUCGAGCACAUUUGCCUCCUCUGGAUGAAGUGGCAAGCAUAUCGGCUCGGGAUCCGAGGCCGAAAUACCCACCGGGGCCAUGGUGA